CGACCGAGCCCGAGAGAGCUUCAUUGCGCCGCGAGACGUCCGACCGUCGCGCGCGGUCUCGCUGCUCCACUUUUGCCGAGGAAGGCUCGGCGCGUGUACGUACGCCCGUCAGUUUUUUCCGCUUCUCUCGCUACUUUGAGCGGAGCGCCUCUUUUCCUUUUUUUUUUUUCUUACCAAACUGUCCGUGUUCCGCACGAAUAUGGACACCAACCAGGCACCUCUUUCGCCACCGGCCUCGCCCCAGCUCAAACACAUGGAACCGUUAUCGUUCAGCGUCGCGGCUCUGUUGGGCGAGAGGCUUUCAAACAAAUCGGGCAAACCCGAGCGGAAGGAAGAGGAAGAUGCAAGUACUCGUCCCGCCCUGCCACCUACUCCACAGCCUUCCGACUCGGAGGAGGACGAACCACCCCGAAAGCGACGAUGCGUCGAACAAUGCGAGCUGGCGAAGCUGUUGCUAGACGGUACGCCGCCGCCAAGCCCGGAGCCAGCCCGGGUUUCGGUAAUAAUGCGCGCCAAUCGGGACGGCACUUGCAGCCCGGCCAAUCUCGCCAGCCCGGCCGUGGCCAGCGUGCGACCGGUACCACGUGACUCGCCCGCGCGACAGCUGCCCAGUCCGCGGGUGAUCGCGCGAGCGAGCGCGACUGCUCCAACGGAGAACGUGCUGCGUAAUCUAAAAUUCAAGAUGAGUUUGCGCAAGGAGGAAAUUAUCGUGAACAACAAGAACACCGACCGUGAGAGCUAUCCGCAGCAGCAACCGCAACAACAACCACCGCCGCAGCAGUUACCAAGGUUGCAACCCUUGGCGCCCAAACCCGCGCCGAUCGUGGUGGCAGGGUUGUUGGGUUCACCCCUAGUCUUACCACGAACCUCUGCCGGUCCGCUUCUGCUGGUCGCCAGCGCGGCGGCUACCGCGACGACCACGACGAGCGCGACGGGCGCGACGGAGACGCGUCGCCGCGUUUACGAAUGCGAGUACCCGGGCUGCGGCAAGAACUACUUCAAGUCGUCGCACCUGAAAGCGCACACGCGCACGCACACCGGGGAACGGCCGUUCCCGUGUCCCUAUGAGGACUGCAACCGGCGCUUCUCGCGCAGCGACGAGCUGUCGCGGCACAAGCGUACGCACACGGGCGAGAAGAAGUUCGCCUGCGCCGUUUGCCAGAGGCGGUUCAUGAGGAGCGACCACCUGGCGAAGCACGUGAAACGUCACGCCCGGGACAAGUCUUCAUCCUCGUCGACCGUCGGUGGUCAGAUCACUUCUCACCAGGUGGCCUCGACACCCCUGAGAGUGAGCCUGCUACCGGUAUUGGCGCCGCGGCCGAUCCACCAGCUGGUACCACCUCAACUGGCAGCUUGAAGACGCGCAGUCGCGACUGGAGUCGCCUGAAACAGUUGUACCGCAUGGUCUCCAUGUGUGCGCCUUGAAACAAGGCCCCGGAUGAUUUCCGGCACUGGGGAUGAAGGCGGAUAGCUUCCUCAGCGGCCGAGUACUAGAAGGAUACAGAGUUGCAUCCAGAGUACGAGGGAGGCGGAGUCCUCAGCUGAUGGAAGUAUUUCUUGCUGCUGAUGAUAGAAAGCUUGCUUCUUAAAUACGAUAAGAAGCACAAACUGCGGCAGCGAAUUAAUAUCGACGUCGCAAGUCGACGGGAUUGCUCGAUCGAAGCGAUCCGAGUGGACACAUAUGGUCGCUAUUCCGAUGGAAGAGAGAUCGAGGGUAUCAAGUUAAGCGAGUAUUGAAGAACGGAGCGAGCCGUACUUAAAGGAACACGAGGCGAAACCACGAGGCGAGGGUGAUAAGUCGUCGAGACUUCGUCGUCUGCAAAUCGAGUACCUAAGUGUGUCUGUGAUCUGUGACACGUGAGAAGGCUAGUGUACUGUUCGGUCGAGAACUUUACUAUCGCGAGAGUCAUUUGCGAGAAUAUACUUGCUACGCGCGUUCAGCGCUAAAUGUGGUCGUAUGCUCUUUAAUAGCUCGGAAUAAAUGCAUGGAAGUAUGAUCACUUGUUGAACGAAUCGAGCUCGGAUCAAAUAGUCACAUUAUUGCUAAAUAUGCGCAAAUUUUUAUUUCUCUAGAAAUGAUGCGACUCUUCGCCGGUCGGAGAUUUUCUUUGCAAACGAUGCAAAGAUCUACGAGAUAUUAAAACGUACAAAGAACCGUUGUGGAUAAUUUUCUUAUGCGAGUGUUUCUCUUAGAUUUUUCUAUUACCUGGCUUACUGUUGAGAGUUACUCUCGGUAAAUGGGAUUCUCGAGUACAUAGCAAGUCUAGGCGCGUUGACCGAGAAACAGAAAAGAGCGAAAGAAUAUUUAUUUAUGAUAAAAUGAGAUGAUUACGGUUUAUGUAUAGAACCGUUACGCAAGAUGACCGAUGCCGACUGCUAAUUGUACAUAUUGAAUGUGAGUAAUGCAGGGGCGGAUUUAGAGGCAAAAUCGUCGAAAUACCGUUAUUUAUAUAAAUAUUGUUACCUCCUUCUGCCAGAGUUUAUGUAACGUUUCAUGUCGCGACUGCAUUUAUUGUAACUUGAAAAAUAUUUAAAUCCGUCCCUCUGAUGAUGUAUAUAUGUAUAUGUAUCUCCCAUGGCCGAGUAAGGAAACUGUACUUGGCGACAUAAGACUUCACUGUAUCGUUAAACUGUAAAAAUUUUUCUACAAUUAAAUAAAUUGUAUACUUUACUUUCGUAAA